CCUCGGGCCAGGGAGAGUGGUCCUGAUGCUGAGCCUCGUGAGCGCGCAUUACAUCACUUCUCUGUCGCGUGAUUGGCUGGGGAUCAAGUCAGCGAUUCCCAGCAUCCUGAAGCGGGCGGCAGCAAGUCAUCAUCACCACCGUCCUCCUCUUCCUCUUCCUCUUCCUCACCUCUGGGUUUAAUUACAAACGGGAAUCACACUGUUCGCGUGGCUGUGCGCGUUUUCGUGUCCCUGCUCUGGCGGCUCGUUUCGAGGAUGGCGGAGAGCGAGGCAGACACGCCGAGCACGCCGAUUGAGUUUGAGAGCAAAUACUUCGAGUUUGAUGGAGUGCGGCUGCCGCCCUUCUGCAGAGGGAAGAUGGAGGAGAUCGCCAACUUCUCCCUCAGAAGUAGCGACAUUUGGAUCGUCACCUACCCAAAGUCAGGCACCAGUCUACUUCAGGAGGUCGUGUAUCUCGUGAGUCAGGGAGCAGACCCCGACGAGAUCGGCCUGAUGAACAUCGAUGAACAGCUGCCUGUCUUAGAGUAUCCUCAACCAGGCCUGGACAUCAUACAGGAGCUGACCUCCCCGCGUCUGAUCAAAAGCCAUCUUCCUUACCGAUUCCUCCCCACAGCCAUGCACAACGGAGAGGCCAAGGUGAUCUACAUGGCUCGUAACCCGAAGGACCUGGUCGUCUCUUACUACCAGUUCCACCGCUCUCUCAGGACCAUGAGCUACCGCGGGACCUUCCAGGAGUUCUGCCGUCGCUUCAUGCAUGACAAGCUGGGAUACGGCUCCUGGUUUGAACAUGUUCAGGAAUUUUGGGAACAUCGUAUGGACUCCAAUGUUCUCUUCUUGAAAUAUGAAGACAUGUACAAGGAUGUGGGGAAUCUGGUUGAGCAGUUAGCCCGGUUCCUGGGUGUUUCCUGUGACAAGUCUCAGCUGGAGGGCAUGGUGGAGAGCUGCAACCAGCUCAUCGAGCAAUGCGGCAACUCGGAGGCGCUGUCCGUCUGCAGGGGUCGUGUCGGUCUGUGGAAAGACGUCUUCACAGUCUCCAUGAACGACAAGUUUGACACCGUGUACAGACAGAAGAUGGGAAAGUCCGACCUGACGUUUGACUUCUUCCUGUGAGGAGCACCCCCCAUCGUCCCUCCUCCACCUCACCCCUCCUGACUCUCCUCCAUGGAUCUCCUUCAGUACCGUCAACAAAUCGCACACUUUCUGCCAAAACCCCCACAAACCCACACGGAUACAUCAACACUCAGUCUGAAGUUUAACCGUACAGCCUGACAGCAGGAUUACAACACAAGACUUUACCCAGAAUGCAUUUAUGUCAAAUCACAACUCAUCAAAAAAAACAACCUCUGUAGAUGGAAAAGAAUCCAGGUUGGUUAGUUAAUGAAUUAAAUGCAUCAAUAACAUAGUGAAACCAAACGUCCUUCAACCCCAUAUACCUCCACAGUGCGUUCCCUCUGCUGAGUGUAAACGUCUCGUACAAAUCAGGGUUCGACCGGUGCAGCAUUCAAAUACCUGACAUGUUCGCUUUCAUAUCAAGGACUGAAGCUAUGUGCAGAUAUUUGUGACAGAAAUCCACUGAAAAUGAUGCAUCAAUGUGUCUGGAAGGAAGGACGACAAAAUAGCUGGUUAGUCGUUCAUUCAUUCUCACGCUAAUGUUUUAUCUUUCCAGGGAAAAGCUUCAUAAAGAAUUGAAUAUGAUAGAAACUUCCUUGGUCAGUUGGAACAACAUUUAAAGGAGAUCUAUUAUCCUCACUGCCUGCAUUAAUGAUGUCAGUCUGGGAGACAUGUUGAAAAGCGUUGUGAGAUGUGUAGCUCAAAAACCUCUUUAUUUAUCUGACACCGGCGUCAGAAAAAUCCCUAAUUUCAGCCUCUGCCUGAAACGCUUCAUUUCAGCUACUGUCUCUUUAAGGCCCCGCCUCCCCAUGUGCCCACUCUCCUCUGAUUGGCCAGCUCUGUUUGCAGUCACAUGGACAUUAGAGUGUGCUUCCUCGUGGGUGUGUCCUUGUAAGAGCUGCCGGGAUGGGCGUGUCCUACAGCUUUGCUCUGAUACGUCGGGUCAGGCUUUGACCAAGUCUCACUGAGUUCUUGUAAUGUCUCGUUCAGAGCAGCAGGAAACCACGAAUGAGACAACUCAGUAUGUUGUCUUUAUGAAUCAGCAGAAUAGAAUAAAAAAUAAUUGAUUAGCGGUCUUGAUCUGUCACAAAUAUCUCUUCAAAUCUUCUGAGAUGCUUUCUGAUAUUUUUCUGGUUUUGUCAGCCGGAUAAACCUUCUAAAAGAUGAACAACACGAUGAGACUCUUCAGCUCUCGAUCAGCCCAGACUCAUGAAAUCAUCAGCUGACAUAACGGUCGAACCCUGACACAUUCAAAGUCAUUUUUAUUCAGGUGAAGUGAAGCCAAACUUAUGAAGAAGAAGAUAUAUCGCCUAAAUCAACCCAGAGAGAAAGAGUGUUGUUUGUUUGUUUUUGCUCAAAGUGCUGCAGGGUGUUCCGCCUCCAUCACUGAUCGUCACUGGACAUUUGUGUAUAUAUAUAUAUGAGCUUUAUAUUUGUGUAUGUUUGUGAGCGUGUGUUUGAGAUACAGAGACAAAGAGGGGGCAAAGAAAGUCUGUGUCAGGGUCAGGGUCAGGGGACUUGAUUUUUUUUUUUUUUUGCAGCCAGCGAGAUCGACACCCAUCAUGACACACAGAUUACGACACAGAUGCAACAAGGAACAACACAUUAGAGAGAAGGAGAACUAUUUAAAGACUAAAACAGGAGAAAAUAACUAAAAAACAAUGACAGUUCUCGAGGUUUAAGGCCAAUAAGAUCAAUCAAAAACACAAAUAAAUAUAUCAUCUCUACAGCCAGAUUCAAAACAAUUCUGGACUUAAAUAAAUAAA